GCGAGAGAGCGCCGAGUGUUGCGGGGGGAGGGCGGCCCGGCGGGGAGGGAGGGAGGGAGGCAGGCGGCGGCGGCGGCGGCAGAGGACGAUGAGCGGCGGCCGGCGGAAGGAGGAGCCGACGUCGCACCCGCAGCAGCACCUGGUGGCCAACGGCGGCGGCGGCGGCGCCUUGAAGGGCUCGCUGUGGGGCAAAGCGCUGCGGAGCGACUCCGCCUGGGAGGACAAGGUGAGGCCUAGGCCGGGCCGCGCUGCCUCGGCGCCGGGGAGCCCCUUGGCCUGGAGGGGCUGCGUUGGCCGGAGCCUGGGCUGUGGCGGCGACUCGAGGGGCACCUGCGGCAGUGGCGGGCCGAGCCUCCCGGGGUCGCAGUGGGACCUGCUCUGCUUCCUUCCCGACGGGACGCCCGAGGUCCGCCCACCGGAGCCGAGUGCGAAGGGGGAAGGAUCCUGACUCCCGUGCUAAGUCCUUACGCCCCCAAACCCACGGCCGGUUACUCUCCCCAUCACCACCACCUGUCAUUUCAGAAAUACAAUUUAUCCACUAGAAUAUAUAUAUUUUCAAGUGGCUUUCCUAGUAAAUAUCACUACCAGGCGGUUUAUAAACACGGCGUGCAGAAUAGUAAAAGCGGGGGGAGCCAAAGGCACCUCUCUCCCUAGUUCUAACACUUGACUGUCAGGGCUCAAAGUCCGUGGUGGUUAAACAAUUGGGCGUUGGAAAUCCUUUCCUGUCAAUUUCAGAUUGCUCUUACGUUAUUUUGUUGACCACCCCCCUCGCCCCCGCCUGCUGGAGGCAGGCUGUGGAACUGGAAAUACUUGAUCUGGAUUCUGGCUCUGCUGUUGCCUUGUAGGAAGUCCUCUGACAAACUACUUCGUAGUCAGUGAGCUUUGACAGUAUAGCACGCCUGGGAGCAAAACCCACUGAAUUCUGUGGGGUGGUCUUUUAAAUAAAAAGGGUUGGGCAACACAUAUGAAAGUGUUUUAAAUUCGACACUGAGUAGCACCAGUGGUGUUAAAUUUUUAUCACCCCAAAACACUACCGUUUUUCCUCCGAAAGUAGGGCGCCUGGUAGGGUGCUUUGGCUUUGGCUCUUCUAUUGUCUCCUGAUGCCCGUUGAGUGGCUUAUCUUCCUUUUAUAAAAAUAUCAUCAUAGAACAGGACCAAGUACAAAAUGCACAUUGGUUGGUAGCGUUUGACAUUUAAAGUGUUGGUCUUAGUGAUUCAGUUCAGGAUCCUACUACUUCAUCUUAAUAAUAUUUCCUUAAUACAUUAGAAUAAACUUAAGACUUAUCCUUUAUUAAGUGGGAAGUAUUGCUAUAUGACAGUUAAUUAUUAUCUCCAUCUCAUCUAGCCCAAAAUGUAUCUUCAGAGCUGCUUCUUUUUGUCCAAAGGGGCAUUUUGUAAGAUACAUGAAUUACAGAUCCAUAUGAACUUUGAUUUUUGUCUCUUCUCCACAGGAUGAAUUUCUAGAUGUGAUUUACUGGUUCCGGCAGAUCAUUGCUGUUAUUUUGGGAGUGAUCUGGGGCAUUGUUCCAUUGAAAGGAUUUGUGGGCAUAGCAAUGUAAGUUUUUGUUUCUUCUUGUUUUUGUUGUUGUUAUAUAUUGGAAAAGUUGUCAAAAGAAAUUGGAAACAGCUGAAAUGACAAGAUGGAUAAUUCUAAACCCUAGAUCUGAAAUUCAUUUCCCAUAUACAUUGCAUUAUAAAUCGUUGUGAGUUGGCAACUCCCAGAUUGUGAGCAUGCAAAUUUUUCACAGUGUAUUUUGUGGGAAAAUAGAGAAUAAUGUCUUUCUUUCACUGGAUAGAGGGCGGAAGGGAGGGGGGAGUUGGACACACAUACCCAGAAAUGUGUAGAGGAAAACAAGUGGGGGUUUUUUAUAUGCAGUGCUUUAUGCAGUCAACGUACAGUAACACUAGCAACUCAGAGGCCUACAUAUAUUUGGCAUCUCUCUGUCUCAAGAGACAAUGGAAUAUAUCUCUGGGGUAAGUCAAACCACCAGAGAAUCACAGUGGCUGCUGUGCCUGCAGAAACCAGUAACUCGUAACUGCUGCAUCCUGCGUUGUUUUUGCUGCCUUAGCAGCACCAAAAUGAUCACUCCAGGGCGCAAGCCUGGGUAGGGUGUAUGGAGGUUCUGGGCUGCCCAAAUGACAAGACCUCCCUCUUGGCCUCACUGUGGUCCAGAGGAAAGCAGAGCAAUACAUUUGGCACCAGCUGAGCUGCUGGAAGGAGGUGUACAAGAUGCUAUUCAACUGUCUUAGGGACUCCACUCUGAAUUUCUGUACGGUUUAGUCCUUAGCCUUUACUUCUCCCAAAGAUGUCCAAAGGCAGGUAGACCUUAAUAUAGUUGCCUUGAUAUUUUAAAUGUUUCAGUUCUGUACAUGAAUAGCGCCUAAAAAUGUUUUUGUCUGUGAAGUUGGUUGGUAAGAAUGUGCUGUAUCAUCUUAGCUGUGACAAAGGAAUAUAAAGUUAGUAAACAAAAUACCAUUUAAAGUUCUUGAACAUGUCUUAGUCAUCCAUUUUUGUAAACUCUGAGGUCUUUGUUGGAGUGCAGGGAGGGAGGUUGGCGAUUUCAGACUAGUGCUUGUUGUGGCCUUGCUUGCAAAUUCAUAACCACAUUCAGGGUUAUGAAUGUAACUUCAGGGCAUUAGGGUAGGAAAUGUCAGGGAGAAAGAAAUUCAGUGUGGGGAAAUUCAGUUGCUUCAUCAGUUUAGCUUAGCUUGAAUGCCAUUGUGGUGUAAUUAUUGGCAUACUAAUCUUAAAGAACCCAAGAUUUAAAUCUCUGCUCAAUCAUGAAGUUCAUACGAGGUGACUUUGAAAAGGACCUAGAAAUGUCACCUGGCAAGAUUGUUGACUAGAGCUGGCUGUUUGUAACAUCCGACUUGAUUUUUGUACUGAUUUCCAGUUUGUUUCUGAGCUCAGUUCAGAAUUGCCAAUUAUUGCCUUUAUCCGAGUUAGGAUAUUUUGCUUGUUGGGUAUGCCUGCUUUCUCAGAUCAUCAGGAUGAGCCCCUGUUGUUUGUGCUCUUCCACCUGAAGUUCAGUUGGUGGGAAUCUGUAAUAUUCUUUGUUGCCAAGCCUAGAUUAGGGAACACCUUAUCUGGGAUAUUUCAAUCUCCUUGUUCAGGGGUCGGCAAGGUUUACCUCGCCUGGGCCAGUUCACUCCAGCGGAGAUCCCUCCGUGGGCCAGAUUGCGCAAUUUCUGGCAUCUGCAUCUGCGCAGACACAAUUUCCAGCACCGCGAAAGCAAGUCCCCGUACUGCGCCGCGCUGCGCUGGUUUAAUGCAGCGUGUAGGGACUCGCCGAGUGGGCAGCUCAGUUCGGGGGCAGCUCGUGGGCCGGUUAAACAACCCCCGUGGGCCGCUUGUGGCCCAUGGGCCUUAGGUUGCCUACCCCUGUCCUUGAUGUUUAAAGUCUCUGUCCCCCCCACCCCUUGGAGGCCUUUGGCUUACUGGGUGUUUGACUCAGAUCUUUUUUUUUCUUGAUGCCAUUUCAUAGAAUCAUAGAAUUAUAGAUUUGGAAGGGACUCGAGGGUCAUCUAGUCAAACGCCCUGUAAUGCAGGAAUCCUGUCCACAGUCAUCUGUAGGUGGGCUUGAACCACCCAGCAUUUGAAACUAGCCGUCCUUUUGCAACUGGAUGAAGAUGUCCAGGCACCACCUUUGGUGCCUAGCAUCUCCACCUGCCUGGCUGCAGUCAGGUGGUCUGCCUGGCAGCGCGGCAGCAAAAGAUGCACCUCUUUUUUUUUUGCUGCCGGGUGAAUCAGGUGGUCUGCUGGGUAGCAUGGCAGCAUAAAAUAAAACAAAAUGUCUAGGCACCAUAUUUUAUUUUAGUGCCAACAACCCAGGUCCCAGGAGCCACAUGGCUCCUAGCUUUCCUAUUCCAGUUUCUAACACUGAAACUACUAACCUUCUGGUUAACAGCCAGAUACGGUGACCCAUUGCACCACCUGAGAAUUUGCUUUUAUCAUUUGCUGUCUUGUGUGUGUAUGAAUGUUUUUUAAAAAAAUAUUAACUUUUUGGUGUUAGCCAUCUUGAACCCUUCUGUUUGAGACAGAAAGGUGGCAUACAAUUUUUUUAAAUAAGAUAAAUAUAUUUUGCCAGUCUUCUAAGUUUAAUAUUAAUAUUGUAAACUUAGUAUAUUAAUUAGUAUAACAAUAUACUGUGUCCUCAGAGGUAGCCCUGCCAUGAAAAGGGCAGAGUAGAAGAAAUGAAUCUGACCAAUGAAGCACACACCACCAGAGAGAUGUCCUGCGAAUGCUCUAUUGAAAGGAAUGAGAGCUACAUAAGAGCAUAGUAGUGCUCUUCAGCAUCUCCCAUUAAUUUCAAUGUAGCUUGCACAAGAAAACAUCCUGGUGGAGUGUGGCUGACACAUCUGAUGUCUUCACAUUGUGCAAGUUGAAAGUGAUGGUUUCCAAUAUGCUUCUUUCUCCCUUCCAGAUUCUGCCUGAUAAAUGCUGGUGUCCUGUACCUCUAUUUUAGUAGCUUCCAGCAGAUAGAUGAAGAAGAGUAUGGUGGAACUUGGGAACUAACGAAAGAAGGGUUCAUGACAUCUUUUGCAUUGUUUUUGGUAAUCUAUACUCCUUAUUUGUUGACUGUUGGCCCUGAGCACAUAUUGUAAAACAAGUGACAGAUCACCACCUAAGAAGCAUAAAUAUAUUAUAAAUAUAUAAGUAUAAAUAUAUAUUUAUGCUGUUUGUUCCCUCAUUCUGAUUCCUUCCCGUCUAAUUAGAUGGGAAGGAAUCAGAGUGAGGGAAAAACAGUAUAAAUUACUUAAGAAUGCAAGAAUUUAAAAGGGUAAUGUACUGAUUAUAGUACAGAGCUAAUUGUAAAGCUUUUUAUGACCUGUUGUUUCAGUCUUAUUCAAAAAGAGGAAAGCAAAAUACUGAAUCCAAACAUCAGGUUCUUUGCUGCUGAUGUCAUCUUGUUUGUACUUCCUUUCAGGUUGUUUGGAUAAUCUUCUACACUGCCAUCCAUUAUGAUUGAUGAAGUCGGCCAAAUCAGUUGUAUUCAUAAGUUGAAUAAUACUUUAAGAAGCAGCCUCUGAUGAACUGGGGGGAGGUAAAAUAAGCCCAUUUUUAUACCCGUGGUCCAAGGAGAUGGGACAAGCCAAAUGGCUUCUAAGAAGAGAAAUUGAGCCUGUCUGAUUAUUUAAAGAAAUGUUGCUUUUGCAGAACUUUUAAAAAAGCCAUCACAAUGUUUUGCAAACAAUACAAGACUGUUCGACCUUUCAACCUUCUCUGUGAUUUUGCCUGGUACAGUGACGGCAAACUUCUGUAUUCUAAAAGGGUGACCUUAUUAAUUAAUUUGUGUCCAUUAUCUUGCCCUCUCUGAAUGAGAUCGAAUCAGUUUGUGACUUGUCUUCCGUUCGCUAGACGUAUGUUUUUAAAACCAUAAACAUCAUGAGGCAUUUGGUUGGAGGCGAACUCUACAGAAAUGAUUACAAGAGCAUAGAGUUUAAUGGUUGUCCUCGGCUUGUUUUAAGAAAAUUAAAGAUCUGAUCUGAUAAUUGAUUGUAUUAAGUAUUAAUGUCUUUAACUGGUUCAUUCAGGGUUACUUAAAUUUUGGUUGCUUAACAGUGUUAUAACCAGAAUCUUCAGAUUAUUUCCUAAAACUUUGUCAUUAAUUCCUUAUGGAGCAAGUGCUGGAUUUACCUGGCUUAAUUACUGAACUUUCACAAACAGUAACCAUGGUUUAGGAACACAAUAAUGGUUCAGUUAACAAAUCGAUUCAGUUCUCAGAGCCUACCUCAGAGUUCAGUGGUCUAAAUGCACAAAACAAGACAUAGUUCAGAACUCAGUUACUUCAGGAUCUUUCUAGGAUUUUGAAGUUGAAACACAACACACGGAAUAAUUAAAGCAGCUAAUGUUCUGUACACAGAAUUAACACUUUCAGGGUGGGAGUGGAUUGAUCUACAAUUUCAAUUUUGAUGUUUCCGAUUAUUAAAUAAAGACAUUAAAUAUAACCAUGUUGGUGGCUGUACAUUAGUUUAGGUCACUUACAAUUUUUAACUGUAGAUCUUUUCUAAAAUAUGCAUUACAGUCUCCAUGGAUAUAUUUAGGAAGUAGUCUCUUCAAGGACCAGACCUGUCUGUUCUCAUCAUAAUCUCAGAUGAAUGGGCAGAGAGAAGAGCUUUGCACUAAGACUGCCUUAUGGUGACAACCUGACUUGAGUCUUAACACACUGUGGAUUAAUUCCUAGUUCUUCUUAGUCUUCUGUUAAGCCCUCAUUUUUGCAUUUUUGACUUAGCAAGGUCACCUUCAAUGUACUUUUCUUAAACUUCUAUUUUCUUCUUCGUUGGUUAGUUGUUAGAAUUCUGCCAAAAGAAAUGAAAGCCUGAAGUACUGUAUGUGCUGGGAGCCAUGGCAGGUGCUGCUCUUGCAGGCUUCGUUGCCAACUAACAGCCUCUGCUUAUCUGGUUUGUGGAUUUAAUCUCUCAUUCGCCUCAUCAACCAGAAGGAGUCACCUUUUCUCCUCAGAAUUUUCAUCUCUGCUGGGUUUAAAAUUCCAUUUCUCAGUCAGCAUCUGAUUUUGUUUACUUACACUUUCAGUCACCUACCAAAUACAGUACAUCAUUUUAUACAUGAAAGCUCUCUAAUAAAUGUCACAUGAUUAAGAA